CGGUGGCGGCAGGAGAGAGAAGGCAGCGGCCGCUCUGUGUGGCCCCGGCGACGGCGGCGAAUGUGAAGUCGAGGGCGCCUGCCUGGUCUCUCGCUCCGUCUUCUCUUCCUUGCCGUGUCGUCGUUGGCGGCGGUGCGGGCGCUGGGAGCCCGCCGGAAGAGGCAUCGCUGCCCUUUGCCGGGCUCGCCCCGCUGAAGAGGGGACGAAAAGCCUUUGGACGCCAGGAAUAAGCAGCCUCUUCUGGGCGGCCGGGAGGGCGAUGGAAGCCCGCGGAUCUGCCGCCCGGCGGCACCGGCUACCUCGCUUUCUCCAGGUGGAUUUAUAGAAGGGGCGAAGAAAACUGCGGGCGCCGCCGGGGAAUUAAUUGGGCGUCCUCGCUCGGUUUUUCCUUCGCGCUUCAUCCUUGGCAAGGCGAAGCGGGAGCAGCUGAGCGCGGCAGCGGCAGGACUGAGCGACGGGCGGUCCUUAGCGUCGUCGUGCUCCUUUGGCGGCCGACGGGGGUUGAGGGACUCCCGGGGCCGGUUUGCACCUCGCCUGCCUGCCUGCCUUCCUUCCAGCUCGGGAUUGCCGUUCCAUGCCGGCGGCCGUGCGCUCGACGACUUAAAGCCGGGAGGGCGAGCUCGUUGGCUGCCCGGGAUUUGCCUCUGGUGGUGGCUCCUUCGUGCGAGGGGAGAUUGUGGACGCCUCCGUUCUUCCGGGCGCCGCGGAGUUGGCGAACCUUUGGGGCAGGACCCGCCGGCGGCGCCCCCGACCAUGGUAGCUCGCCGGGGGGGAUCCCCGCUCGGGAAAUGCUGCUGGGGGAUCUGGGUGCUUUUGUGCCGGACGGCGCUGGCCAGCUCUCUGGUGCUGGAGCCCAUCUACUGGAACUCCUCCAACUCCAAAUUCCAUCCUGGACAAGGAUUAGUACUGUAUCCAAAGAUUGGAGAUAAACUGGAUAUUAUAUGCCCAAAGGUGGACUCUAAGACUGGUGGUCAGUAUGAGUACUACAAAGUCUAUAUGGUUGAGAAAGACCAAGCAGACAGCUGUACUGUUAAGAAGGACAACACUCCCCUGCUCAACUGUGCCAAGCCUGAUCAAGAUGUUAAGUUUACCAUCAAGUUUCAAGAGUUUAGCCCUAACCUCUGGGGUCUAGAAUUUCAGAGAAACGAGGACUAUUACAUCAUAUCAACAUCCAAUGGAUCCCUUGAAGGCUUGGAUAACCAAGAGGGAGGUGUAUGCCAGACAAAAGCCAUGAAGAUCCUUAUGAAAGUUGAACAAGUUCCCAAUUCUAGUGGGUCCCCAAAUAAUGCUGAUCCAACUAAACGCCCGGAACAGGAAGCUGGUACCAACAGGAAAAGCUCCACAACAAGUCCCUUUGUAAAGGAUCAUGCAGGUCCCAACUCAGAUGGGAGCAAAGCUGGACAUUCCAGUAUCCUUGGUUCAGAGGUGGCCUUAUUUGCAGGGAUAGCUUCAGGGUCCAUCAUAUUCCUCCUCAUCAUCAUCACACUGGUGGUUCUUUUGUUGAAGUAUCGAAGGAGACACAGGAAGCAUUCGCCUCAGCACACGACAACUUUGUCACUUAGUACAUUAGCAACCCCAAAACGCAGUGGGAACAACAACGGGUCUGAACCCAGUGACAUUAUCAUCCCUCUGAGGACUGCAGAUAGUGUUUUUUGCCCUCACUAUGAGAAAGUCAGUGGUGACUAUGGACAUCCUGUGUACAUAGUUCAAGAGAUGCCCCCUCAAAGCCCGGCAAAUAUUUAUUACAAGGUCUGAUGAACACUCAGUGUGGUACCUGUUUUAAAACUCUCUCUCUGUCUGGUCAAAUGCUAUCCAUGACACAGAGGUUGGGGAUUGUGAUGAGCCACUGUGUGGGUUCCUGGACCAGAUGCAGAGGAGGGAACAGCAAGCUCCACCCUGUUACAGAGAGCUGCUUUGAGGGGGCAGCUUUCGAGUCUGUAGAAUUCCUGUCUUGGUGAACAAGCAUUUACUUGGAAGCUGGAAGAAGUUACAUAGAAGAUUCCCAUAGCAAUUGCAGUUUGUUCAUCACCUUCUAAGCCAUGUGCUGUAGGCAUUCAGGCACGUACAAAAACCCCCUAGGGAAGAUGGAGCAACUCGCAGAUACUAAUGGUUGUUUUAGGCAUUCUAGGAAGAGAGUCUUAAGUCGUCAAGCUUGAAAUGCAGCCCUGUGACUUUGUGUGUGCUUCUCUUGGUGCUCAUGGAUUUGUCUUACAGACCUCUGCUUUUAAGUAAGAUUUUAAACUUUUUUGUUUGUUUUAGUCGGUCCCUGUGGCAUUUUUUUACUUCAACCAAACGGCAUUCUGUCAUCCUUCAUAUGAAAAUUUAUGCACUCCAUAUCAUGCAUUGCUUUUGGAAAAGUGAUUUUUCUAAAAAAAAAAAAAAUAUUUUUUUACCAUCCCAUAUUCCACCUAUUUGUGAAAGCAGCCUUACUUGAAUGGAUAAUGCUUUGGGAGAGACUUUGGGCUUGCUGAAAGGAGAAUCUUCCACUCAAAAGCUAGCUUGUCGGCCGAAUCCACAAUAGAAGUGACUUGUGGCAGAAGAGAGAGGGAAGGGCUGAAAGAAUGCUACGGUCUCUGGAAUAUCAACCAGACAAAGGUAGACAAUUUAAAUAGCACAGCACUUUGAUAUCCGGAGUUCAAUGAAGAGUGUUAACACACAGCAAUAGGAGCAGCUGAUUAGGGUCUGUACUUGAAGGAUGCCAAGGUUUUCUCAAAUAGCAUCUUGCAGGAGGAAAUACUUCUCCCACAAAGUAGCGCAAGAAAAUUAAUGUGCCUGGAAGACAAGACAAUAGAAGGCUGCUGGUGAUAUAUUAGGGCACGACUGCUGUGGUACUUUACCAGCAAUAAGAUGUACAGCUUUGAACUAGCUGUAGCAAAAUCUUGGUCUGCUUCAAAUGAUUUUUUUUAAAGCAGACACAGCUGCUAUUACUUACCAUAUUUUAUCUAAACAUAGGGAAAAAGAAAACAGCAACAUCUGACAUAGACAAAUCACAAGCUUAAUGGUCAAGAGGGCUAUAAUUCCAUCACUCAAAACAAAGCAUUCACAUCUAUAUAAAAUUGGUCAGGGUUGUAUUUUUCCUUCAAUCAAACCUUUUGACAUUCUGAUUUCUGGCAGUGCAUUUUGAGUUAGUCAUGUACUGCCAUUCAUGGGAUUUUUCUCUUUCUGAAAUAAAGCACAUAUGGUAAACCACCACAUAAAGAUGCAACGCAUUCAGCUACAAGAAGGGGAGGUAUAAUGUGACUUAUUUAUAAUAAGUGUAUAGAACCCAAGGGAUGUAUGGUAGCAGAUUUUGUUCAGAUUACUAAUAUAUCUAUAUAUUGAAAUUGCACAGAAUCCUUACAGAAGAUGUGAAAUUCCUCUAUGACCAUGAAAUCAAUUUGGCUAUUUCUGGGGAAAACUAGAUCUUUAACUCCAAAAAGAACAAUAUUGAGAAGAAAUGUAAAAAUAACCAAACCCUCUUAGCUGUCUUACAUAACCAGUAGACUAGGAAACAAAGCCCCUGAAUCUUGAGAGAGAAGUGUAUAACUACACAAUGUAUUUUAACAAGAUAUUCUGAUAUGGCUUUCCUUUUAUUUUUUUUGUGCUGUGUUUUCCCGCCUUGCCUUAUGAGAUGGAGUAUUUUUUGAGCUGGAUACCAAUAGGAAAGUUUACUAUAAAGUUCCUGCUUUGAAGCGUAGUUGUUGUUCUCCAACCUCUGCACCCUGGGGGACAUAAAUCUACUUUUUUUUAUGUGCUAUGCAAAAUAGAUGUCUUAUCACAUAAUUCUGUUACCAUAGCAACACUUCACUUUCUGGACUCGAAAGAAGUUGUAGCUACAGCAUUUUAAGGUUCUCAACUUCCACAGAGCACAUGCAAAAAAAGAAAGAAAGAAAGAAAAAGAAAAAUCACCACACCACACUUCACCACAGAAUCCUGUCAUAGAAAUGAUUACUUUUGGUAUUUCCUGAACCUGAAAAUGACGUUGGUUCAUGAAGGGAGAGAUGGAGGGGGGGGGGGGAGGAAAGCGAGAAGUAACAUGGUUCUGUGGGAGGUUACUAUGGUAACUAGCUGCAGCACAGAAGCAGUCCUUUCCUAAAGCUUUUCUCUCUAUGAACCCAUCCAUGCAAGGUUUUUCUUGUAAGUCCUUAGGAUUUGGAGGGGAAGUGGAAAAAUAGAUGGGGUAGUUUUAAAAAAACAAAACCUGAAAGAGGUUGUUUAGCCAGUUAGUUCCCUUCUUAUAAUGUACUAAACAUGGGGAGGGGAGAUUAUUGAAUAAAUCUAUAAAGAAGAGCAACCUGCAACCCAGGAGGGGGGGGUUGGGAGAAAGGAGCCCUGUGUACCUGUGUUGUGUCUUGUGCAGAAUAAUGACAAUCUUGCCAACUGUUCCUUGAGGUUGGUGUUUGGUUCAGCUUUGAAAAGUUACUGUAAAUGCCUUGCUUGUGUUAGCCCUAACUUUUUGAAAAUUUACAUCAUCAUGUUUUAAGAGUGAAGAUGCUGUAAAUAAGUUGAGAUUGACUGUAUAUGGAUUUGGGGUGUUACAGUAGCCUUAUUCACCUUUUUAAAUAAAGAUUCAAUUAAAAAAAUACACAUGGAACCGAGAAUAAACAUCUUUUCUUAACCAGACUGUGUAUAUAAAGCAACACUGGUUUUUUAUAAAGUCUAAACAAGAUGUUUUGUAUAAAAUCUGACUUUUGCUAUGUAUUUAGCUACAGCUUGUUUAAAGGCCGUGUCAUUCCCCUUUGCGCAGUUUCCAGGAUAAAGAGAUAAGAUUUAAAAAGGUUGCCAAAUUGCUGCAUAUUUGUGCUGUAACUGUGUACCAUGAAUAUUUAUUUAAAAAUUCCUUUGUCCAGUUUGUAAGUAACACAGUAUUAUGCUUGAGUUAUAAAUAUUUUUUCUUUAAAAAAAAAAAAAAAACUAGACUGUCUUAGUUUUGAAA